ACUUUUGGGGGGGGACUCCUCAACAAAAAAAAAAAAAACGACGGAGUGUGAGGGUGUGUGAGUGUGAGUGGAAGCAAAAGAAAGAAGGAAGGAAGGAGGAAAAAAAAGAGUGUGCUCUAGGCAGUGUGAAGAAAAGAAGGUCCGAGCAUUUUUUUUUCGUUUCUUCUCUCCCAGUGCAGAAAUAUGUGCCGCAAGUGAAAUCGUGAAAUCGUGAAUGCGUUUUUUCGUGCGGGUCUGACCUCUGAGCAACACGGGGGAACACAUUAGGAAGGAUACCAGGAGGAGGGCACUUGCGGUCAAACGUCGAGGAAGAUAUCCAAGAGACGUGUCGAGGCGCGGAGAGGGAGAGGAAGACGGAGAGAAGAAUCUAUACCCCAAUUUUUGUGAUAUAAAAUUCGACGAGGGUCUUUUUUUCUACUUUGGCGAUAUUUGUUUGACGCGAAAGUCGAAGAAAUUCGAGUCCACGGGGCGCGCGUGAGGAGUCGUGAAGAAUCUCGCGUGAAUCAGCACACACAUCACAUCAAGGCUGAUCUAGUGAUCUAUGGCCACACUGGUGGGGUGGUUGAGGUGGUGGUGAGGAGCGUGCACGGUGGAAAACAGCAACAACAAGCACGACCUACUGCGUGCGUGCGUGCGUGUGUGUGGAUCAAUAUCGAUUUCGUGAAUCCCGUCACAAACCGUGUACGAGGGGAAGAAACGCGUGAGGACGACCCGUGCCACGGACAGGCUGCACCAUGUUUACGGGUACGCUGCGCCUGAAGAUCUGCGAGGCGUGCGGUCUGCGACCCACGGACUUCCAGACGCGCCACACGAUGACAUUUGGCCGACUCGGGGACCAGCAGCUCAUCGAUCCGUAUGUCUCGAUAGACGUCGACCAGAACUUCAUAGACCGAUCCACGACAAAGCAGCGCACAUUCGAUCCGGUGUGGAACGAGAGCUUCAUCCACGAGGUGGAAAACGCCAACGUCCUCGGCAUGACGAUAUUCCACGAGGGCCCCAUCACGGACGUGUUCGUCGCCAACAUGACGAUCCCGUUCGACGAUCUGGUGACGCGGAACGAGAACGACCAGCAGGACUUUUGGAUUGACCUGGAGCCCCAAGGUCGGGUCCACGUUAAGAUCGACCUCCGGUGGAGCCAGGAGGCGAACAACAUGGCCGCCCAGCAGCAACAGCAGCAGCAGCUACAAAACUCGUGCCGUCGCACCGGCGUCAAGGAUCAGCCCUUCCUGAACCGACGACGCGGUGCCAUGAGAAGGCGCGUUCAUCAGGUUAAUGGCCACAAAUUUAUGGCCACGUUUUUGCGCCAGCCAACAUUCUGCUCUCACUGUCGGGAAUUUAUAUGGGGUUUAGGCAAGCAAGGAUACCAAUGCCAAGUGUGUACAUGUGUGGUUCACAAACGGUGCCAUAGUUCAGUCGUCACCAAAUGUCCAAAGAAGAAAGAUGAGCAAACCAGACCGACCCCGCAGGACGCGGCCCAGCGCUUCAAUGUAAAUAUACCACACAGGUUUUCAGUGCACUCGUUCAAACGGCUGACGUUCUGCGACCACUGCGGCUCGCUGCUGUACGGCAUCAUCCGGCAGGGUCUCAAGUGCGAGGUGUGCAGCAUGAACAUCCACCGGCGCUGCGAGGGCAACGUGGCCAACAACUGCGGCAUCAACACGAAACAGCUGGCCGAGUUGCUCAACGAGAUGGGGAUCACCAUGGACAAGACACCACCUCGUAGAUCUAAGUAUUUAAACCAAGCGCCUAGCGACAACUCAUCCAUGUCGGAGCGCAGCGAGGACAGUUCGCUGGACUCCUUCUCGACCUCGAAGAGCAGCCUGGACACGGACCUGUCCCAGCAGGGCUCGGUAAUGUCCCAGCGGGCCGGGGCGACCUCGUCGAAGCAGGGCGGCGCAUCCACAUCUCAGGAGGAGGACGGCAGCAAUCGUUCGGCCAGCGGCGGCUCGUCCAUCGGCAAGACGUGCCUGACCGACUUCAACUUCAUCAAGGUGCUCGGCAAGGGCUCCUUUGGCAAGGUCAUGCUGGCCGAGCGAAAGGGCACCGAAGAGGUGUACGCCAUCAAGGUGCUGAAAAAGGACGUGAUCCUGCAGGACGACGACGUGGACUGCACGAUGACCGAGAAGCGAAUCCUGGCGCUGGCAGCCAAGCAUCCGUUCUUGACCGCGCUGCAUUCCUGCUUCCAGACGCCGGACCGGCUGUUCUUCGUGAUGGAGUACGUCAACGGGGGCGAUCUCAUGUUCCAGAUCCAGCGGGCACGGAAGUUCGACGAACCGCGGGCGGCAUUCUACGCCGCCGAGGUGACGCUCGCGUUACAGUUUCUACACCGCAACGGUGUGAUCUACCGCGAUCUCAAGCUGGACAACAUCCUGCUGGACGCGGAAGGCCACUGCAAGCUGGCUGAUUUCGGCAUGUGCAAGGAGGGCAUCAUCGGGGAUAAUCUGACGUCGACGUUCUGCGGCACGCCGGACUACAUUGCGCCGGAGAUUCUGCAGGAGCUGGACUACGGACCCUCGGUGGACUGGUGGGCGCUGGGCGUGCUGAUGUACGAGAUGAUGGCCGGUCAGCCGCCGUUCGAGGCGGACAACGAGGACGAUCUGUUCGAGGCCAUCCUGCGGGACGACGUGCUGUACCCGGUUUGGCUGUCCCGGGAGGCCGUGUCGAUUUUGAAAGGCUUCAUGACGAAGAACGCGGCCAAGCGGCUCGGCUGCACCGACGGCGAGAACCAGAUCCGCACCCAUCCGUUCUUCAAGGACAUGGACUGGGACGCGCUGGAGCAGCGAAAAGUACGACCACCAUUCCGACCGCGAGUAGUGAGUUCUCUGAAAAUGCGUUGUGGCCCCCAAAGAGCCGCGCCGGUUGAUGUUGAUGCUAAACAUUUAUUUUUUCCUCGCAACUUUCAGCGAAGUGCCCGGGACGCCCUCAACUUUGACACCGAGUUCACGAAGGAGGACCCAGUAUUAACGCCGGUGCCGAACGACAUCAUCCGGUGCAUCAACCAGGAGGAGUUUGGCGGGUUCUCGUUCGUCAACCACGAGUUUGGGCCGGAGCGGAAGAUUGUUUGUUAAAAAUGGGGAGGGAGCGAGAGAGAGAGAGAGAAAGCACAAACACAAAGUCACACAAACACACACUAGAAUAUUGGAGCGCGCUUGAUUGCUUAUAAGUGAUAAAACCAAAGAGUAACAAAGAUAAAUUCAUAAGCACAGGAGUUGCACAAACAAACAAAGAAAAGAGUGCUGAAAAAAAGUUGUUUUGUAGGCAAAAGGAAUGGUGAGUUCCGGGGGUUUGCAACCCCAAAGUGCCGGUUGCAAACGUCGAGAGUCACGCGGUGUAGGUAAAAUGUUCGAACAUGUUACGAAUGAGAUUAAUUUGAUGUAAUGUUGUUGGUGAAGGGGGAUUUA